AAAGACUUUCACACCCCUUCACACCAUCUUCCUUCACGCCCCCAAACAAAAGAAGAAUUGCCGCCCCCCUACAAUGAGCACCUCUCUCACUCAACAUCUGGACAUCCAUCCUCCAGCCCGCUAUUUUCUCUUGCUUUCUGAAAAACUAGUAACUUCGCGCUGUUUCCGAAGAUGUCAUGACCCACAACUUCCAUGCAGAAAACCUCACGAGUCAUUCUCCACCCCUCGUGGCUCCGAGUACAGCCGCUUGUGUCACCUUCCGAACAUCCCGACCGACCGGAGAGCGGGUGUGGCGAUAGUUUCACAUCUUGAACUGCUGGACGAUAUUGGACAAAUCGAGUUGAGCAUGCUUCAGGCAGUUUCGAUAUCGAACGAAAAGAUGCCAUUGCAGAUCGGAUCUGCCAUCCCAUCCUCCUUGACGUCAGAACUACUUGAGAUUGACAUGACAUUUCUACAGAACUAUCUCAAAUGGCGGUGACGAGACAACACCUCCAGGACCAUCUCAACAGGCUGGAAAAUUUUUCACUGGCAUCAUCUUAUUGUAACCGAUGGCAGCCGGGACGUCGACGUCGGCGCCCGACCUCACAGCUGUAUUUAUCUUAUAAUGGGGCGCGAAUGUCCUCGCGGUUAUGGUGACCGCGCGAUGCCGAAGAUCACCGCCAAUCAACACAAGCCUCCGCCCACUUAUUUCCCGUCAAAUCCCAGGAACAGCGAUGUAUGAUCCCACGUGCCUUGGCAUCGUCAUUUACGCUCCUGACAAUCGCUAUCGGCUCGGCCCUGACCUGCGUGAGCUGUGAGCGAGGGGAUCCCUGAUGCUGUUUCAUGGCUCCAUUGUUGCCACCCCUAGGGCAGAAAGAAUGAGUGACAACGUUCCAGGCCCCAGUUAUCUGGACACCCACAUUGGUUACAUCUUCCUCAUGCUAUCCAAGGCCCGUGCGGCUCAAGGGACGACGGCCGCGAUGUUUGGUAUCGCGAAUGGCGUUCGUACAUGAUCAGCACAGGGAAUGACAGCUUCAUGCAAGUGUACCACCGAACGCUCCCGAGCAAAGACCGCCACGGGCACUCCCAUUUCGAAGAUAUAAGUCUCUGGAGCCGCCGUGAUGGAUUCAGAUAUCGUUCCAGAAUAGUACACAGCCUGGUUUCGAGUGGGAUGUUUGGAUCACAUUCGUUUAUCAUUCGCUCCCUGUAAUACGACACCGCACGUCGCUCAUUCAUCAUCAACUUCGCAGUCGGGAUCCAGCAUCAAUAUAUCGAUUAAUAGAGGAGGAGAGGCUCUUCAACAUGGCAGCACCGACAUCCGCCACGGGCCAAGUACCCCCAUACCCAUACGACAGCGACGACAAUGCUCACUAUGCUUCCAUCAUCCCACCGGAACCCAAUGCCGCCUCUGCACGGAGUUCAGCUGAUCGUUCCCCCGAGACAAGACCACCAGUUCCAGCACCGGCCGAGAAGCACGGAAAACUAGCUGGGGCAGCAGAUACACGUCAGGAGUACAAACUGGUCACCUUCGCUCCAGGAGAUCCCGAUGACCCAAAAAACUGGUCAAAGGCGUACAAGUGGUACAUCACCAUGGUUGUGGCAGUUACAUGCUUCGUUGUCGCUUUUUGUUCCAGUGUUGUCACUUCGGAUGUUGGUGGUGUUCAGGAGUCUUUUGGAGUCAGCCAUGAGGCUGCGCUUGUUCCCAUCUCGGUAUUCGUUGUUGGUUUUGGUGUUGGUCCUAUGAUUUUUGCUCCUCUUUCUGAGGUCUUCGGGAGACGAAUCAUAUAUGGCUCAACUCUAUUGCUGGCCGUCAUCUUCAUCAUCCCAUGCGCUGUCUCCAAGAACAUCGGGACCCUCAUUGUUUGCAGAACUAUCGAUGGCAUUGCAUUUUCUGCGCCCAUGACAUUGGUAGGCGGCACCCUGGCAGAUCUCUGGAGGAACGAGGAGCGAGGUGUUCCCAUGGCUGCUUUCUCCGCCGCCCCCUUUAUUGGCCCCGCAAUUGGUCCAUUGAUCGGCGGUUUCUUGUCUGAUGCUGCUGGCUGGAGAUGGCUCUAUUGGAUUCAGCUCAUCUUCUCUUUCGUUGUCUGGGUUCUCAUCACCUUCACCGUUCCCGAGACUUACGCACCAACCAUCCUUGCCGCCAGAGCCAAGAGACUUCGCAAGGAGACAGGCGACAAUGGCCAUGUCACCGAGGCUGAGCUCGACCCAAGACCCUUCAAGGAGCGCAUGGGUGUCUUCAUGAUUCGUCCAUUCCAGCUUCUCUUCCGCGAGCUCAUCGUUCUCCUCAUCAGUCUGUACAUGUCGGUUCUCUAUGGCCUUCUGUACAUGUUCUUCGUCGCAUACCCCAUUAUUUUCGAGGUCAGGAAGGGGUACUCAUCUGGUAUUACUGGUUUGAUGUUUAUUCCCAUUGCUGUCGGCGUCGUGCUCUCGGCCGCGUGCUCCCCGUGGAUCAACAAGCACUAUCUCACUUUGGUGGCCAAGCACGGCGGAAAGCCACCUGCCGAGGUUCGUUUGAUUCCGAUGAUGCUGAGCUGCUGGUUCAUCCCCAUCGGCAUGUUCAUCUUUGCUUGGUCUUCAUACCCACAUCUGACCUGGGUUGGCCCUUGCCUUGCUGGUCUUCCCGUUGGUUUUGGCUUCAUCUUCCUGUACAACGCGGCCAACAACUAUCUUGUCGACUCUUAUCAGCACCAGGCCGCUUCAGCACUUGCUGCCAAGACGUUUAUUCGAUCUUUCUGGGGCGCUGGUGUCGUGCUUUUCACCGAGCAAAUGUAUGACAGGAUGGGUGAUCAAUGGGCCAGUACUUUCCUGGCCUUCUUGGCUCUUGCCUGCUGCGCCAUUCCGUUUCUGUUCUGGAGAUACGGCGCGAGGAUCAGAGCGCGCAGCAAGUAUGCUUUUGGUGGUGACGACGACCACAUGGACUCGGAUGUGGAAAAGGCGAACGCGAGAGAGCAUCACGAUCUGGAGGACCUCAGACAGGCGAGAAGCUACGUCAGCAACCCUUAGGUCACAUAUGAUCAGUACACCUGCUGGGUUGGCAACUCCAAUCUCAGCUAUGGCUUUUGUUGAUUUCGGUAUUUUUACCUCUCGGAUGGGCUUUAGGACGAUAAUCACUAGUAAACUGCAUUGCAUUGGAGCAUUGGAGUUGGGUUGUGAUUUGGGAUAGAUACCAGUGGUAGUUUUGCUGCAAUAGAUUGUUUUGAAUUUGCUUUAAGAAAUUG